GAGCUCCGCCUCCUCCUCCCCCCCAACCCCCCGCGAGUCCAGGAAGCCCGGCCGGAGAACUCUUCCCCACCUCGCCGCCAACACUUCCCGCCUCCCUCCCCGGUCUGAAACCUCUUCCUUCUGCCGCUCCAGUGAGUCCCCCUGCCUCGGGAGCUCCCCUCCACCUCCGGGCUCGGGGAGCCUUAGCCUCGUGACCUCCUUCCCCUCCCCCCAACUCGCGCAGCCCGGGAAGCCUCUCCUCCCUCCCCCCACCCGUAGCUCGCCCCGCCCCGGAAGCUCCCGCUGACCCCGCCCAGGCCCGGGGAUGGGGCGCCCUGUUGUCGCGCGUUCCUGUAGGGCUUGGCCGACCCGAGACUGUCGGAUCGCCCGGUGGAGGCCGAGCGAACCCCUUCAUCUUGUCCCGGUGCCUCCGCCAGGAGACUGGUGUCCGGGACCCAUACCGCGCUUCCCGCCGAAAUCGCUCAGACGCGCCCCUGCCAGCCCGCGAUCUUGAGAGCGCACUUUGAAGCCUCGUUCGAAGCGUUUCCCCACAGCCAGUUGAGUUUCAGUUUCAGGUUAAUAACAAAAGGAGAUGCACCUGGCUUUUCCCCGGAAUCCUCUGCGUUUUUAAGCGUCGGGUGGAAUUGGGGGUCCUUUGGCUGUGAACCGCGUUUGCUUCAUGAAGAUAGAAAUCGGUCCUGCUCCUUUCAGCGCCACAAAAAGCCGCAUCCAAGUUUGUUUGACGUCUGCUCUGUCAAGUGUCCAUGAUGUUGGGCCCCGAGGGAGGUGAAGGCUUUGUAGUCAAGCUCCGUGGCCUGCCCUGGUCCUGCUCUGUUGAGGAUGUGCAGAAUUUCCUCUCCGACUGCACAAUUCAUGAUGGGGUCGCAGGCGUUCAUUUUAUCUACACUAGAGAAGGCAGGCAGAGUGGUGAGGCUUUUGUUGAACUUGAAUCAGAAGAUGAUGUAAAAAUGGCCCUUAAAAAAGACAGGGAAAGCAUGGGACAUCGGUACAUUGAGGUGUUCAAGUCCCACAGAACCGAGAUGGAUUGGGUGUUGAAGCACAGUGGUCCAAACAGUGCUGACACCGCCAAUGAUGGUUUCGUGCGACUUCGAGGACUCCCGUUUGGAUGCACCAAGGAAGAAAUCAUUCAGUUCUUCUCAGGGUUGGAAAUCGUGCCAAACGGGAUCACAUUGCCUGUGGACCCCGAGGGCAAGAUUACAGGGGAAGCCUUUGUGCAGUUUGCCUCACAGGAGUUAGCUGAGAAGGCCCUAGGGAAGCACAAGGAGAGAAUAGGGCACAGGUAUAUUGAGGUGUUCAAGAGCAGUCAGGAAGAAGUUAGGUCAUACUCGGAUCCCCCUCUGAAGUUCAUGUCAGUGCAGCGGCCGGGGCCCUAUGACCGGCCUGGCACAGCCAGGAGGUAUAUCGGCAUUGUCAAGCAGGCGGGCCUGGAGAGGAUGAGGUCCGGUGCCUACAGUGCAGGCUACGGGGGCUAUGAGGAGUACAGUGGCCUCAGCGAUGGCUACGGCUUCACCACCGACCUGUUUGGAAGAGACCUCAGUUACUGUCUCUCUGGAAUGUACGACCAAAGGUAUGGAGAUGGCGAGUUCACUGUCCAGAGCACCACUGGACACUGUGUCCACAUGAGGGGGCUGCCCUACAAAGCGACGGAGAACGACAUUUACAACUUCUUCUCUCCACUCAACCCAGUGAGAGUCCAUAUUGAGAUUGGCCCUGAUGGAAGAGUGACCGGCGAAGCUGAUGUCGAAUUUGCCACUCAUGAAGAAGCUGUGGCGGCCAUGUCCAAAGACAGGGCCAACAUGCAACACAGAUACAUAGAACUUUUCUUGAAUUCCACGACAGGGUCCAGCAACGGGGCAUAUAGCAGCCAGAUGAUGCAAGGCAUAGGGGUGUCAACCCCGUCCACUUACAGUGGCCUUGAGAGCCAGUCCGUGAGUGGCUGUUAUGGGGCGGCUAGCUAUGGUGGCCAGAACAGCAUGGGUGGAUAUGACUAGUUUUGUAGUAGCUUUUGAGUUAUUUCAAUCAAAUUUUCACAGGCAGCCAACAAGCAGUGAAAAAGCAGUUAUUACUCUAGAGGAAGCUGUGGGACCCAUUUUGCACCAUGAGUUUGUAAAAUCUGGAUUAAAAAAUUACCUCUUCA